AUGGAUUCCGAUUCUGAUACAAGCACUCUCAUUCCGAACUUCUUCCAUAAAGCUUUGCCUCUAUCUCCUCGCACGCGCUCGCCUGUUCUUAUCGAGAAUUCCGAUUUGCGAAAGCGCAACAAACUUCUUGAAGAAGUUAUCGAAGUUCUGUACAAACAAAACCUUCAAUACGCAACUAUCCUCAAUUCUUACAAAUCUUUCGAGAAGGAAGCGAAAAAAUCAGCUGCACAUGUCGCCAAAGCAUCGGGAGAUAAUGUGGAUUAUUAUUAUGUGGUUGCCUAUCGUCAAUAUUACUCGAAGAUGAGGACAUUGGAGAGGGAAGCAAAGAGUGAUUGGGAGGAUUAUUGUGAAGAUAAACCGCAUGGGCUUGGAGCAGUCGUCGACCAGUUUCUCGACGAGAUUAAGGAACGUCUGGUAGAUGAAGGCACUGAGGAAAUCAUCAUCGGCUUUUCAGAAUGA